AAACACAAUGCCCUAUUAAAUGCGUCUUCCAAGUCAUGGCAAGGCCAAUAUUAUAUACUUACUUCCGAAGCUCUGCUUCAUGGCGAGUAAGAGUUGCACUGGCAUACAAAGGGUUGGAAUAUGAAUCGAGACCAAUCAGCCUUAUAAAAGAUGGUGGACAGCAGAAGUCUGCGGAAUAUACAGCCCUUAAUCCCCUGCAGCAGGUGCCUUGCUUGAUCAUAGAUGGAGCCACUUUAACACAGUCUUUGCCUAUUAUAGAAUAUUUGGAAGAAACAAGACCUAAUCCACCACUGCUUCCUAAAGACCCAGUGCUGCGUGCAAAGGCAAGACAGACAGCUGAGACAAUUAAUGCCUUUACCCAGCCCUUGUCAAACUCAACAGUGCUGGGCCUGGUAGGAGAAUGGUGCGGUGAGGAUAAAAAGGAAAAAUGGGCAGGAAUAUGGAUUGAUAAAGGUUUUACAGGAUUGGAAAAAGUCCUUGAAAAGACUGCAGGAAAGUACUGCAUUGGAGAUGAAAUAACAAUUGCUGAUGUGGCUUUGGGGCCUCAAAUUUUUAAUGCAAACCGGUAA